AUUAAAACAAGAAGAAUAAGUAGAGGAAGUGAAACAACAACAGACGCACGCCUGCACUCACAGCCAACAUGGAGGAAACAGAGUGUGAUGAUAUUUUAGAUGAUUGGUUUAUCGAGUCCCUGAAAACGUACAAAGACCUUCAUGUGUAUCAGCUGGAACAUCCCACCCAGGUCAUCGAGUGGACGUCAGGGAAGACCGUGUGUGUCGCAGGAUUCACUUCGUCUAAGAAUGAGAUUCUGGAGCUGCGUUUGCCUCUCAAACUCUUCGCUGAUGAAAAUAAGGGUCUCUGUGCAGAACGGGACUUCAAAGUUGUCCACGGCGGCUUCACGGACGCUGCGGUUCGCUGCCUCAGACACGUCCCGGGUACCAGGUGUGUUGUUACCAACGACGGGCUGAGCUCAGACCUGCAGGUGUGGGACCUCGGAGGAGACGACAGCGAUGUGAUCAGGCGAACAGGAAGUGUGGACGGGUCGAGGGGCGUUUCAGAGGGAGGCAGCAGGAUCGCAGCUCGGCUCUCGUCGCAGCCUCAAGUUCUUCACGGAGCCGAGAGCGCCAACGUGCGGCUGACUCAGCUGACCUCGGGACAGACUGUGUACACACUGGAGACGGACUCGGCCGAUCCUCUCAGUUCUUUACAUUUUGUGAGUGACGCCGUCUUCCUCGCCGGCUGCUCUAAUGGAAACGUUUACAUCGCCGACACUCGGACGUCUGCUGCGCCUCAGCUUUCACCUCCACCGCCGUCUUCCGGUGAAUCCGUCCUCUGGUGGACAGACGCCUCCGCAGGCCCGUCCUGUUUGGAUCCGUCCAGCUGCAGGAUUGUCAGACUGUCCUCGCGUGGACAGACGGUGAUUUCAGACCUGAGGAACCCGGGAGGAGCCGUGAGUCGGGCUCAGCUGGACGUCCAAACGCGCCGCUGCAACGUGGACGAUGUCAGAGUGUCGUGGGCUCCGGCGCUGGACGACUGUAUCGCAGUGUCGGGUUUCAGUGGCGCGGUUCAGAUCUACAACACCUCAGCGUGGAGGACGGAGCUGCAGGAGGCUCAGCCGCUGUUCGAGCAUCGCGGUCACGCAGUUUCAUCGCAGUCUGACGAAGGCGUCCCCGUCUUCGUCACCUCCCACGUCUGGCAUCCUGAGCGGCCGCGGACGCUGCUGUCUGCAGCCUCGGACGGCUCUGUCCACGUGUGGGACUGGGUGGACCAAUCAGCUGCCGGCUGCUGACGGUCGAACAGGAGGAUGAAAGGAGCCGAUGUUAACCUCUGCGGUUCUGUUCUGAGUCCGGAACAUCCACUGAAAACAUAAAAAGAAAGAAGAACUCAUCAGUUUCUGAUUUAGCAGAUCAAAACUGAAGUCUGGUCUGAUGUUCCUCUGCACCGCCUCCCUUUUUCAUAAAGGGAUGAAGAGAUAAAAAUGGGAUAGAAUUUACCAUCAAACUUGUUUCUGUCUCCAAAAAAUUGUAAAACAAAAUUUAAUUUCCACAGGAUCAGAUCGGAGAACAUUUUGUCUUUAAUGGUAGGAAACAAAUAGAACUUUCUAAGAUUGCUGUUGGAUUAUAGUCGCAGCUGUUCCUGCUAACUGUUCUCAUCUAAAGCAGGUGGCUACUGUUUUAAUUACAGCACAUAUUUGUCUUGAACAUGUUCGUCACUAAUGAAGUGUUUUCACUCCAGAGGGCCGAGGAAACAGCGGCAGGAAGGUUUUAAAGACUCAGUUCACCCGAAAUCUGACAGCUGUGGUCUCACACUACAAGAUCUGUCAACCUCUACCUUUCAUCAGGAGUCAUUAAUAACAAGCACAUCAUGUUUAAUUUGGAAAGUAGCCACAACCUUAUCAUACACUCUAAAAACAAACAGUUUGCAUCAAUCAGUCAACUUCUAAUGAAAAG